UGCCCAUGCGCAUUUCAGAGCUGUCAUCAAAUGCUCUUGCUCGUAAGCUUCUUGCUUCAUCAUCUACAAUGAUGCCUUUGCGCCUCCAUUAUGAUGCUGAGGAUCCAAAUUCAGUUGAGAAUUGGUUAGAACGCUGGUCAGGUACCCAAUUCUGGAAACCAGUUCCUCAACCAAAGAAAAAAGUGGAAUCCAAAUCUCAGAGGAAGCAGGUUAAUGGUCAUGCUGUUGAAAGUGAAACAGCCCGACCAAAGCGAAGUGUCCGUAGGAUCCCUGCAGCAAAUCUUGACAGUGUCACAGACUCACAGUUCCAGCAACCUCUGAGUUUGAAAAACCCAAACGUAACCUGAGGAAAUUUUCAAGUCAUCCAGCUGAACCAGUGCAAGAGAAUCCACAAAAUGAGCUUGAAAAGGUUAAACGAAACUUGAGAAAGGUUCAUAAUCCUGUAGUAGAUAAUUCUGUGCAAACAGAGGUUGAAUAAUCUGAAAAACCAAAGCAAAAUCUGGAAAAGGCAUCAAGCCCUACAAGCCUUGAUGUCGCAGAAAAGAGCCUGAAUAGUUCAGUUGAGAAGAUGCUAAAAGAGGCAACCCCAGAACUGCCUAAAACACCUGAGGUUGAAAUUACAUCAGGACCUUUAGAAUUGAAUGAGAUACCAGAUCCAUCCAAUGGUGAUCAUGCUACUUUCAAUACAAAUCUUUUGAUGGAAGAAAGUGGUUAAGAUGAGAAUAUUCCUGUGACAAAUGGGGAAUUGAACCACAUGGAGGAUCCAAUAACUAAUGAAAUUCCAAAAACUAGCCAAAAAACCUCAACUCCAGCCAAGCAAGAUCGUUCCGAAAAUGUGCCUCGGAGCAGUCCAACCCUGCCAAGCUAUAUGGCAGCAACUGAAUCUGCUAAGGCUAAGCUGAGGCUACAAGCCUCCACUAAGUCGGGUCAAGAUGGUAGUGACAAAAAUAGCCUCAACAGACGCCAUUCUUUGCCUUCUGCCAAUAGCAAAAUAAGCUCACAAUCACCAAGAACACAGAGGCUGGUUCAAUCAGGUAGCAAGGGUGGGAACAAAAAUGGAAAUGGUAA